AUGACUCAGUCUGUUGAGAUGAAUGGUGCCGGUGGUGAAGCACCAUGCAAGCCUAUUGAGGCUACUGAGGCAUACCGCAACAAGUUCCCCGUCGCUUAUGAACAGUCCAAGCUACCAUUUGACACACCUAGACGGUUGAAGGCUAUUGUUGCUGGUGCAGGUAUUAGUGGGAUCUCUUUUGCUCAUGCAGUUGAAAGUGAACAAUUGCCCAACGUCGAUCUUCAGAUUCUUGAAAAGAAUGCCGGUAUUGGAGGAACCUGGCUCGAAAAUCGGUACCCUGGAUGUGCCUGUGACAUUCCCUCUAACUUGUUCACAUGGGCACCCAAUCCCAAGUGGUCCUCGUUCUAUGUCACAGCGCCCGAGAUUCUUAAAUACAUCGAGAAUGUAGUCGACACUUUCCAACUUCGAAAAUAUAUUACAACUUGUCGCAAGAUCACCAGUGCUCGGUGGGAUGAGCAGAAACAGAAGUGGAUUAUCACUAGCAGAAACACGGACGGUCGUCUGGCAGCUGUUUCUGCCAAGGGUAUUACCGAUGGAGAAGUUGGUGAUGAGAUCGUCGAGGAAUGCGACGUGUUCAUCAACGCGAGCGGAUACCUGAACAACUGGAGAUGGCCCGAUAUCCCUGGUCGCGAGAAUUAUCAAGGAAUCCUCGCCCACAGCGCCAAUUAUGACACUUCCAUCGAUCUCAAAGGAAAGAGAGUCGCCGUCAUUGGCAAUGGAAGUAGUGGGAUCCAAGCCACUGCAGCUGUCCAGAAAGUUGCCAGUCAUGUUGGAGCCUACAUUCGAUCACCCACUUGGGUGACGGCCAACCUCGGCUCGAGAUUCAUCGGCCAACGCGUGCCCGACAUGAACUAUGAUGAGGAGCAGCAGAAAAUUUGGGUCGAGAACCCGGGAGAAUAUCAUACUCUUCGUAAAGAAAUUGAGAAAGAACUCAACUUCCGUUUCCCCCUUGACGUUCGUGAAAGCGAAUUCCAAGUCAUGGCUCGCAGCUUCACAACUAAGGAUAUGCGCAGCAAGCUGGAGAAGAAGCCCGAGGUUGCUGAUUUGAUUAUUCCGAACUUUGGUGUCGGAUAUCGCCGACCCACCCCGGGCCCAGGUUAUCUCCAAGCCUUGGCUUCUGACUCCUGCGAAGUGGUAUGGGGAGAGAUUGACUCCUUCACUGAGACUGGUUUAAAGUCUGCGGAUGGUAAGGAGCGCGACUACGAUGUUGUUACCGCUGCAACUGGCUUCGAUAUGUCCUUUGUUCCUCGCUGGCCCAUUAUCGGGCGGAACGGAGUUGAUCUCCAAGAAGAAUGGUUGAAGUAUCCUGCUUGCUAUAUGUCGGCAAUUGCGCAGGACAUGCCGAAUUACUUCAUCUAUAUGGGCCCUGGAAGUCCCGUCGGUCAUGGUAGUAUGAUUACCUCUAUCGAGCGCAUCACUCUAUACGCCGUGGAUUUGAUCAAGAAGCUGCAACGUGAGAACUAUUCCUCGUUCCAUCUCAAGGACGGAAAGGCCAAGGCCUAUCAGUUCCAGAUGCUGUCAUGGCUGGAGAAGACCGUGUGGGGCGACUCUUGCCAGAGCUCGUUCAAGAACGGCGAUAAGAAUGGCGGAUUGCAUGCGUUCCACCCCGGAUCUCGUCUGCACUGCUUUGAACUGCUUCGUCGCCACCGAUAUGAGGAUUUUGAAUGGCAAAGCCGAUGCCCCGAGUCUCAAUUGGACUUUGCUUGGCUCAACAAUGGCUUCUUAUCACAUGAAUUGAAUUCGGAAGAGGAGGCCGACCCUACCUGGUAUCUGGACCAAGACAUUAAUCUUCUUACAAAGUUUAUGAACAAUAAAAAGGUCUAA